CCGGCCUGCACCACGCGCUGCACGAGGACGGCCACGAGGCACAGCUGGAGCCGUCGCCGCCGCCGCACCUGGGCGCACACGGACACGCACACGGACAUGCACACGCGGGCGGCCUGCACGCGGCGGCGGCGCACCUGCACCCAGGCGCGGGCGGUGGUGGCUCGUCGGUGGGCGAGCACUCGGACGAGGAUGCUCCCAGCUCCGACGACCUGGAGCAGUUCGCCAAGCAGUUCAAGCAACGGCGCAUCAAGCUGGGCUUCACCCAGGCCGACGUGGGGCUGGCGCUAGGCACACUCUACGGUAACGUGUUCUCGCAGACCACCAUCUGCCGCUUCGAGGCCCUGCAGCUGAGCUUCAAGAACAUGUGCAAGCUCAAGCCGCUGCUCAACAAGUGGCUGGAGGAGACCGACUCGUCCAGCGGCAGUCCCACCAACCUGGACAAGAUCGCGGCGCAGGGCCGCAAGCGCAAGAAGCGCACGUCCAUUGAGGUGGGGGUCAAAGGCGCGCUCGAGAGCCACUUUCUCAAGUGUCCCAAGCCUUCUGCGCACGAGAUCACCGGCCUGGCCGACAGCCUGCAGCUGGAGAAGGAGGUGGUGCGUGUCUGGUUCUGCAACCGGCGGCAGAAGGAGAAGCGCAUGACCCCCGCGGCCGGCGCGGGCCACCCGCCCAUGGACGACGUUUACGCGCCUGGGGAGCUGGGGCCUGGUGGGGGCGGCGCGUCGCCACCCUCUGCGCCCCCGCCACCCCCUCCGGCUGCGCUGCACCACCACCACCACCACACACUGCCCGGCUCAGUGCAGUGACCCUGCGGGCUGUGUUCUCCACGGGCGCAGCGGUGCCCCCGGCGCGCAGUCAGCCCGCGCGGCCUGGACUCUUUUUUGUUGUUGUUGUUGUUUAUUCGGUUGCUUUGGAUUUUACAAAAAGGAAAAAAUAAAAAAGCCCAGAAACUUUUAAACAAAACCAAACACCCGGGACCGAACCCCUCUCCGGCGAGCGGCGAAGGGCCGCCGAGAGGCUGUGUCGCCCGAGUCCCGGGAGAGAGCAGCGAAGAUCCGGAAUGCGCCAACUCAGUCUGGGCGCCCUCUGCCCACUGCCUGCUCCCUGUCCCCAUACCCUCGACGACCCCCGCCCCUGCCCCCGGGCUGUUCGGGGCCGGAUCCCGGCAGCGGCCUCCCCACAGCGAAAGGUAACGCGGUGCGGGGUUAGGGAUUCCCGGGAGAAAGGACGAAGAGAGGAGAGUCCCCAGCAGCUCUCCUGGGCUCAGGACUCCCCGUAGCCUGCAGGUCACGGGUGGGGGGCUGUCACUUUAUUCUCUCCGCGCCUCUUCUCUCGCACCAGGAUGCGCCCCACCCCCUCACCCUUUCUCCGGGCUUGGUUUUUUACGGUUUUUAUUUAUUCGUGGAGCCUCUCGGCUCCUGGGGUCCUUCUAACUCCGCCCGCGCCCUUAAUUUAAAUCGCUGUAUACUGUAUUUAUCGGGGCCCCGGAGGGGAGGCCGCGAGAGCCGCAUCUGUGUAUAAAAGCAGGAAAUAGCCAAAGCUUUAAUCUAGCCUAAUUUAUUUUCCCUUUCUCUUACCCUCUCCUCCUUCCUCCAAGAACGCAAAACAAAAACAAACAAAAAAAACUAACAAAAAAAAUUUUUGAGUGUUCAUUUUCGUUUCGUUUUACCCGAGCCCUCGGCUCGGUUCGUGGCCUAGCGGAGAGGGUCUGCGCUCCCACGCACACCCGGGUGAGAAGGGGCAUCUCCACCCGCAAGACCGAGCACGCACCGCGGGCCGCCGCUUCCCCGCCGGGCCCUGCCCCUCCUGGCCUUAACGAACGAAACUUGGAAAAGUUGGAACUAUUUUUUAACCAGCUGUAGAAAUAAACCAUGACCCCCAAAAACCUUCCGCCUGAUUCCCUACCGCUUCCCCCUGCUCUCUUUCCAGCCCCCUCGGGAUGCUGGGGGAACCCUGGAGAGAAAUUCUCCAAAUUUGGGGUGAGGUGGGAACCAUGUAAAUAUGUGAGAUAUGUACACACUGGCAAGGGGGGGGAAGAAACAUUUUGUGCUUGGUUUUUAUUUUUUGGUUUUCUGGGUUGUUGCCCCUCCCCAUCCUAAAGGGUUUUGUACACCCGACUAAACCGAAAAAGAUAUUUUAAUAUGGUUUCCUGAUUUCUGACCCAUCUCUAUUUAUUUUCUGGAUGUGUUCGGAGCUUCCCCCUUCACCGUCUCUUCAUCUGUUUGUUAAGGUUUGAGCUUAAAUUUUGUUAUUUUUAUUAUUUUUGGAACAAUGUUUGGUGCAUUCUCUUUGUAUCUUUAUUGCAAAAAAAAUAAUGUAGACUGGGAAGUUCCCUUUAUAUUUAUGUUAUAGUAAAUAUUUUAUUACUCACAUAAACAUGUACCCCAGG